AAGUUGUCCAACACUUUUUUUGUUUGGAUUUCUCCGUAGUCAUUGUUGGCUGGUGUGAGUGUCAGAUCUAGCCAUAAUAAAGUAUUUAUCCUUCGCUAAUUCCUCAAAACAUUCAUUAAAAUGCCUCUGGAAAACUUGGAAGAAGAGGGUUUGCCUAAAAACCCAGAUCUAAGAAUAGCACAGUUAAAAUUUUUGCUGACUCUCGAUGGGCACAGACAAGAUACUGAUGUGAAAACGGAGCUUAUGGAGGCGAUCAGAGAAAACAAUAUGGCGCCAUACUACGAAGCCUUGUGCAAAGAACUUAAGUGGCCAGUGGACGGCGAUCUGCUCAGCAAGAUGAAGAAGACCAAUGAGGAAGAGCUGAAGCGCUUGGGCGACGUUCUGGAGGACGCAGAGAAGAACCUCGGAGAGAGCGAGAUCCGGGAUGCCAUGAUGGCAAAGGCUGAAUAUCUGAUUAGGAUCGGAGACAAGGAAGGGGCGCUGACUGCCUUCAGAAAAACAUACGACAAGACAGUUGCUCUGGGACACCGGUUAGACAUUGUUUUUUACCUGCUAAGGAUCGGUCUGUUCUACAUGGACAAUGAUCUCAUCACUCGCAACACAGAGAAGGCCAAGAGCCUAAUCGAGGAAGGAGGUGAUUGGGACAGGCGAAACCGUCUGAAGGUGUACCAGGGCUUGUACUGCGUGGCCAUCAGAGACUUCAAGCAGGCGGCCGAGUUGUUCCUGGACACCGUGUCCACCUUCACCUCCUACGAGCUCAUGGACUACAAGACUUUUGUCACAUACACUGUCUAUGUAUGUAUGAUCGCCCUGAAGAGACCUGACCUGAGAGAAAAGGUGAUCAAAGGUGCAGAGAUCCUGGAAGUGCUGCACAGCCUGCCUGAUGUGCGUCAGUACCUGUUCUCUCUCUACGAGUGCCGAUACUCCAUCUUCUUUCAGUCGCUUGCUCGUGUGGAGCAGGAAAUGAAGAAGGAUUGGCUCUUCGCCCCACACUACCGCUACUACGUCCGUGAGAUGCGGAUCCUGGCCUACAGCCAGCUGCUGGAGUCCUACCGCUCCCUCACCCUGGGCUACAUGGCUGAGGCCUUUGGCGUCAGCACCGAGUUCAUCGACCAGGAGCUCUCUCGGUUCAUCGCCGCAGGUCGCUUACACUGCAAGAUCGACAAAGUGAAUGAGAUUGUGGAAACCAACAGGCCAGAUAGUAAGAACUGGCAGUAUCAGGAAACCAUAAAGAAGGGCGAUCUCCUGUUGAACAGAGUGCAGAAACUUUCUCGGGUUAUUAACAUGUAGCCAUUGUGUUUUGAUCAGGUCGUCCUUCAGUGGUGGUUCAGUAUAUUGUCCAUGAGCUAAUGGAGCUUUGCCUUUUGUUUUAUGUACAGUAUAUAAUAAAUCUUUUCAAAGAAAACUGUCUUCACUGUCAAAUUAAAAUGCCUGGUUGUGUGUGCAUACCAACGCAGUGUAACUGAUAUGGUGAAUCUGCAAAUAAAAUGUAAAACUGU